AUGCCAUUUUUUUGCGGCUUCUUUGGAGGGGGUGCUCGCUUUGGAGGAGGGGGUGAAGGAGGAGAUGGUGGAGGAGGGGGUGAAGGAGGAGGAGAUGGUGGGGGCGGCGGGGAAGGGGGAGGAGAUGGCGGAGGUGGUGAGGGUGGAGGGGAAGGGGGAGGCGAAGGAGGUGGAGGAGGGCUAGGAGGUGGUGGAGGUGAUGGGGGUCUAGGCGGUGGUGGGGGUGGUGAGUAUGGGAUGCCGUCCCCGUCGAACCACGUGGAGAUGAAGGGACUGGAGGUGGCCUCUGCAAACUCGUGGGCGAAGACAGAGACGAGGCCAUCCAUGCCUGGGUCGCCCGUGGGGGCGAGAGAGGUGUUGUUGCGAAUGUCACUGGGGAUGCAGGACGAGGGGCACUGCACAAACGAGAAACGGAAUGAGUAG